AUGGCUAGUAGUAGUUCAUACAAGUUGGAUCCUGGGCCACUUGAACCGUCUGUAUUAACUGAACAACUCACUCAUAUGUCACGGGAUAUAUGGGAUGGAAGUGUUGAUAUGGUUCUUAAUACGAGAAAGAGUGAUGGAGGUUUUUGGAAGCUCGUAGAAAAUUAUCUUAUCCAUCCACGAGUUUUAGAAGUGAUUAGAUUAUCUGGAUUGUAUGGUGUUUAUAGAUGUAAUAGGCCUGCUAUCGACCAUAGUUUGAUCACUUCAUUAGUUGAGCGGUGGCGUCCUGAAACAUAUACUUUCCACUUUAGAACAAGUGAAGCAACUAUCACCUUGCAAGAUGUCGAGGUGUUGUAUGGAUUACCCGUGAAUGGUGCUCCGGUACUUGGUACUGAGACGACGAGAACUAUUAGAGAUUGGCAAAACAUUUGUCAAAGAUUAUUAGGUUUUCUUCCAUCUCUUCAGAACUUUAAAAAUAGUUUCCUCAAGGUCUCCGCGCUUAAAGCACACCAGCUAAGUGAGCCACAAUUGUCAGACAUGGCAACCCAAGAAAUAGUCAAUCAGAAGGCUAGGUGUUACAUGUUUUGGAUGAUUACGG